AAUUGCGAGACAGCGGUCGCCCCUACCCGAAAAGCCCGGAUGGAGGACGCAGGGUGGCGGCGCCGGAGCCGGGGAAUGUGAAGAGCUUUUGGUGGCUGUGCUGUGGUGGCUCCGGGGCCUGGGCUGCGAGGAAUCUUCUACCACAGCUGCAACAUGGGCGGCAAGAACAAGAAACACAAGGCGCCGGCAGCCGCAGCGGCCCGGGCUGCCGUGUCUGCUUCCAGAGCCAAAUCCGCCGAGGCCGGAGCUGCCGGGGAGGCCCAAAGCAAGAAGCCGGUGGUCAGGCCCCCCCCCGCCGCUGCUGCAAGCGCCAGGGAUCCCCGAGUCAAGCAAGGUCCCAAAAUUUAUAGUUUUAAUUCUACAAAUGAUUCUGGUGGCCCUGCAAAUCUGGAUAAAUCUAUUUUGAAAGUGGUAAUUAAUAACAAACUCGAGCAAAGAAUUAUUGGAGUGAUCAAUGAGCAUAAAAAGCAAAAUAAUGACAAGGGAGUGAUUUCUGGAAGACUUACUGCCAAAAAAUUGCAGGAUUUAUAUAUGGCUUUGCAAGCAUUUUCAUUUAAGACUAAGGACAUUGAAGAUGCAAUGACCAAUACACUCUUACAUGGAGGUGAUCUUCAUUCUGCCUUGGAUUGGCUCUGUUUAAACCUUUCAGAUGAUGCACUUCCUGAAGGAUUCAGUCAGGAGUUUGAAGAGCAGCAAUCUAAAAGUAGGCCAAAAUUCCAGUCUCCUCAAAUACAAGCCACUGUUUCACCUCCAUUGCAACUUAAAACCAAAAAACAGGAAGAAGACCCUAAGAUUAAGCCAAAAAAGGAAGAAAAAAAUAUAGAAGUAAAUAUGAAAGAAUGGAUUUUGCGAUAUGCUGAACAACAAAAUGAAGAAGAAAAGAGUGAAAACUCUAAAAGCUUAGAAGAGGAGGAAAAAUUUGACCCCAACGAAAGGUAUUUGCACCUUGCAGCAAAACUUGUGGAUGCAAAGGAGCAAGCAGCUACCUUUAAACUAGAAAAAAACAAGCAAGGCCAAAAAGAGGCUCAAGAAAAAAUAAGGAAAUUUCAAAGAGAAAUGGAAACUUUAGAAGACCAUCCAGUAUUCAAUCCAGCCCUGAAAAUUACACAUCAACAAAAUGAAAGGAAAAAGCCUUCUGUAGCCACAGAAGGAGAAAGUGUUUUGAACUUUAAUUUAUUUGAAAAAUCUACAGCCGCUACUACUGAAGAAGAGAAAGUUCAUCAGUUACUUCCACCCACUUACCGAGAUGUUUGGCUGGAGUGGAGUGAUGCAGAAAAGAAAAGGGAAGAAUUAAAUAAAAUGGAAACCAAUAAACCACGUGAUCUUUUUAUUGCUAAACUUCUUAAUAAAUUGAAACAGCAGCAGCAACAGCAACAACAACAUUCUGAAAAUAAGAGAGAAAACUCUAAAGAUCCUGAGGAAUCUUGGGAAAAUUUAGUUUCCGAUGAGGAUUUUUCUGCACUGCCCAGGGAAUCAGCAAAUGCAGAAGAUUUGGAACCUGUUAGAAACCUCUUUAGAAAGUUGCAAAGCACACCUAAGUAUCAGAGACUUCUAAAGGAAAGACAACAAUUACCUGUGUUCAAACAUCGGGAUUCAAUUGUUGAAACUCUUAAAAGGCACCGAGUAGUGGUUGUGGCAGGCGAAACAGGGAGUGGUAAAAGUACUCAAGUACCACAUUUUCUCUUGGAAGAUUUACUUCUAAAUGAGUGGGGAGCAAGUAAAUGCAACAUUGUCUGUACCCAGCCCCGAAGAAUCUCAGCAGUGAGUUUAGCCACCAGAGUGUGUGAUGAAUUGGGCUGUGAAAAUGGACCUGGAGGAAGGAAUUCUCUGUGUGGAUAUCAGAUCCGAAUGGAAUCUCGAGCUUGUGAAUCUACCAGGUUACUCUAUUGUACAACAGGCGUUUUGCUAAGGAAACUUCAGGAAGACGGUCUUCUAACUAAUGUGUCUCAUGUUAUUGUAGAUGAGGUUCAUGAAAGAAGUGUUCAGUCAGACUUCCUACUAAUUAUAUUGAAGGAAAUUUUACAGAAACGUUCUGAUCUACACUUGAUUCUAAUGAGUGCCACUGUGGACAGUGAAAAAUUUUCUACAUAUUUCACACACUGCCCUAUUCUCAGAAUUUCAGGAAGAAGUUAUCCUGUUGAGGUUUUUCAUCUUGAAGAUAUAAUAGAAGAAACAGGCUUUGUGCUGGAGAAGGACUCAGAAUAUUGUCAGAAAUUUCUGGAGGAGGAAGAAGAAAUAACCAUUAAUGUUACAAGCAAAGCAGGGGGAAUAAGAAAGUAUCUGGAAUACAUCCCAGUUCAGACUGGAGCAAAUGCUGAUUUAAAUCCAUUUUACCAAAAGUACAGCAACCGUACUCAGCAUGCUAUUCUCUACAUGAAUCCUCAUAAAAUCAACCUGGAUCUCAUUUUGGAACUUCUUGCAUAUUUAGACAAAAGUCCCCAAUUCAGAAAUAUUGAAGGAGCAGUAUUGAUCUUUUUACCAGGUCUUGCUCAUAUUCAACAGUUGUAUGAUCUCCUGUCAAAUGAUAGAAGAUUUUAUUCUGAACGAUAUAAAGUGAUAGCUCUGCAUUCUAUUCUUUCAACCCAAGAUCAAGCUGCAGCAUUCACACUCCCUCCUCCAGGAGUCAGGAAGAUUGUUUUAGCAACAAAUAUUGCAGAGACGGGUAUCACUAUUCCAGAUGUUGUAUUUGUAAUUGAUACUGGAAGAACAAAAGAAAAUAAGUACCAUGAAAGCAGUCAGAUGAGUUCUUUGGUCGAGACGUUUGUCAGUAAAGCCAGUGCUCUGCAGCGCCAGGGUAGAGCUGGGAGAGUCAGAGAUGGUUUCUGCUUCCGAAUGUACACAAGAGAAAGAUUUGAAGGCUUUAUGGACUAUUCUGUUCCUGAAAUUUUGCGUGUACCUUUGGAGGAAUUAUGUCUUCAUAUUAUGAAAUGUAAUCUUGGUUCUCCUGAAGAUUUCCUCUCUAAAGCCUUAGAUCCUCCUCAGCUUCAAGUAAUCAGCAACGCAAUGAAUUUACUCCGAAAAAUUGGAGCUUGUGAACUAAAUGAGCCUAAACUGACUCCAUUGGGCCAACACCUUGCAGCUUUACCUGUGAAUGUCAAGAUUGGCAAGAUGCUUAUUUUUGGUGCCAUAUUUGGCUGCCUUGACCCAGUAGCAACACUGGCCGCAGUUAUGACAGAGAAGUCUCCUUUUACCACACCAAUUGGUCGAAAAGAUGAAGCAGAUCUUGCAAAGUCAGCUUUGGCCAUGGCAGAUUCAGACCAUCUGACGAUCUACAAUGCAUAUCUAGGAUGGAAGAAAGCACGGCAAGAAGGAGGCUAUCGUUCUGAAAUUACAUAUUGCCGGAGGAACUUUCUUAAUAGAACAUCACUGUUAACCUUAGAGGAUGUAAAGCAGGAGUUAAUAAAGUUGGUUAAGGCGGCGGGUUUUUCAUCUUCCACAACUUCUACCAGCUGGGAAGGAAACAGAGCCUCACAGACCCUCUCUUUCCAAGAAAUUGCCCUUCUUAAAGCUGUAUUGGCUGCUGGACUGUAUGACAAUGUGGGGAAGAUAAUCUAUACAAAGUCAGUCGAUGUUACAGAAAAAUUGGCUUGCAUUGUGGAGACAGCCCAAGGCAAAGCACAAGUACAUCCAUCCUCAGUAAAUAGAGAUUUGCAAACCUAUGGAUGGCUUUUAUACCAAGAGAAGGUAAGGUAUGCCAGAGUAUAUUUGAGGGAAACUACCUUAAUAACCCCUUUUCCAGUUUUACUUUUUGGUGGUGAUAUAGAAGUUCAACACCGAGAACGUCUUCUUUCUAUUGAUGGCUGGAUCUAUUUUCAGGCCCCUGUAAAGAUAGCUGUCAUUUUCAAGCAGCUAAGAGUUCUCAUUGAUUCUGUUUUAAGAAAAAAGCUUGAAAAUCCAAAGAUGUCCCUUGAAAAUGACAAGAUUCUACAAAUCAUUACGGAAUUAAUAAAAACAGAGAAUAUUAAUUGAAACUAAAAUUCAUGGUGAACUGCUUUAAAAAUUAAGAUGAAGAUGCACUCAUGAAAUUAUGUGAAAAUGGACAUCCCAUUAAGUAUUUCAUAACUUAAAAUGUUGGUACUGGUCAUUAAUGUAAAGGUGGUGGGGGAAAAAAAGCACAUACUUUAAACAUGUGUAAUUUUCUAAUUCCUUUUUAAUGAUGAUGAUUCUCAGUGUAUUUGCCACUACAUUUACAAUAAAUUUAGUAUCAU